AUCCACUCCACACACCUCAUGUUCAUUCCAAACCAACAGUGGCCGUCAUCAGUGGAUCUGAACUCUGUUUGGGUUUUAUGUGGAGAUGCUUCAGGUGCAGGUGUUGGCGUUGGCUCUGGUUUCAUCUGUUGUUCUGAUGGUCAGCGCUGCUCCUCACAGAGCAGACCUCAUCUACGACAAAGAUCUUGCCCACCGGCUGCUGGUGUCGUUUUUGUCUGAGCUGAUGGCAUCCAGAGGAGACGAGGUGAUGCUGUUGCCAGAGCUGGAGGAGCAGCUGGGAGUCAGGGAGGAGCUGAUACGUCGACAUGUACCCUUCUCACAACGGGAACGCAAAGCCGGCUGCCGCAACUUCUUCUGGAAGACCUUCACCUCCUGUUAAGACUCCCUAAAAAUGACCAAAGCAGCUCUGGUGUCGUCUGGUAUUUGACUUUAAAAUGCAGUAAUAUUAAAAACUGACAGGCUGGGAUGUACAGAGUGUAUAAAAUAAAUCACUUUAAAGGGAA